GGGGCAGGGCUGCGGGAGCACACGGUGGACUUUUAAAGGGACCGUUUCUACCUAAAGCAACCCAACGUGGGCACUGCUGGCGGUGCAGGUGGGUGGCUUGGGAGUCCGGAUGGAGGAGCCAUGGCCAAAUCUCCUGCACACGGUUCAGUGAUUGUCCCAGACUGGCACGAGACCGCGGAGGGCAAAGAGUACUUGACCUGCAUCCUGCGUAAGAAUCGCCGGCGGGUGUUUGGACUGCUUGAGCGGCCAGUGCUGCCCCCACCUGUGGCCAUUGACACUGCCAGCUACAAGAUCUUUGUGUCCGGGAAGAGUGGUGUGGGCAAGACAGCGCUAGUAGCCAAGCUGGCUGGCCUGGAGGUGCCGGUGGUACAUCAUGAGACCACUGGCAUCCAGACCACUGUGGUAUUUUGGCCAGCCAAGCUGCAGGUCAGUGACCGUGUUGUCAUGUUCCGGUUCGAAUUCUGGGACUGUGGAGAGUCUGCUCUCAAGAAGUUCGAUCACAUGCUGCCGGCUUGUAAAGAGAACACAGAUGCCUUCCUGUUUCUCUUCUCCUUCACGGACCGUGCCUCUUUUGAAGACCUGCCUGGACAGCUGGCACGCAUGGCAGGUGAGGCACCUGGAGUUGUCAAGAUGGUUGUUGGCUCCAAAUUUGAUCAAUACAUGCACACAGACGUGCCCGAGCGAGACCUCACAGCCUUCAGGAAGACCUGGGGGCUGCCCUUGCUGCGGGUGAAGAGUGUGCCAGGGAGGCGGCUAGCUGAUGGGCGCACACUGGACGGGCGAGCAGGGCUGGCUGACGUCGCCCAUGUGCUCAAUGGUCUCGCCGAGCAGCUGUGGUACCAGGACCAGGUGACAGCCGGCCUGCUGCCCCACCCCUCAGAGAGUGCUCCUGGCUAGGGAGGACGGCGUCAUGAGUGGGCGCCUAUGCUCCUCACUCAGAGCCCCCAGGUAACCCAGGACCGAGGGCAGGACCUAGAGCCUAAGGCUGCUCCCAUCUUGAGACCGGGGGGAGGGGGGCACCCUGCAGGACGUUCUUUGCUGAAGUAGAAAGUGAGGAAGGGGCGCCCAAAGCUCCAGUUCUGCCCCCAGCUGCACUCGAGGUGACUGAGUGAGGGAGUCCGCAGGUCCUGGGCCUUACCAGGAAGGCGACCUCUCCAGGAGCCUCACUAGAUGAGGCAGCAUCAUCUUCUGUAACCGAUAAAAGUCUGAAACCACAGCACUAACUCUGUAGCAAUGUGUUUUUUCAAAUAAAGUGGAACCUCAGGAGGAGGGGAGUGCUUGGGUCCUGCUCCAUGUACCCACAGAAAGAUCCAGGUCGUGAGAUAUCCCCAGUUUGUCCCAGAGCAUCUGAGUCCAGUCAGCAGACGGGGGAUGAGUAAGGUCUUUUGGAGGAAGUUCUGUGGACACUUGCUGCUGGCCAGCACCCAGCCGAGCACCGGCAUGCUGCCGUGGAGGCUGCCAGAUGCCGUCCAUC